CGCCCCAAGCCAGGGCCGCCCUGCCACUGUCCCUCUUUCUCCGCGGUCCACCUCGACGUCGGCGCGACGGGCCCAGCGUGUCAGCGGCCGCCGUCUCCGAGGCACGCGGCCUCUCCCCGUCGCCACACCCUCCUCCUCCUCCCCCUUCGCGGAAACUACAGCUGCGCGGGGCUGGCACCGCCUCCCUCCUCCUACCACGUCUGACUCCGCCGCAGUCGCCCGGCGCCCCAGCCCGGCCGCCGCGCCUCCCCCUCCCCGCUAGCCCAGCCGGCGGCCCUGCCCGGCUGCCGCCCGGGAUGAAUAUCAUGGACUUCAACGUGAAGAAGCUGGCUGCCGACGCGGGCACCUUCCUCAGCCGGGCCGUGCAGUUCACAGAAGAAAAACUUGGCCAAGCAGAGAAGACAGAAUUGGAUGCCCACUUGGAAAACCUCCUUAGCAAAGCUGAAUGUACCAAAAUAUGGACAGAAAAAAUAAUGAAACAAACUGAAAUACUGUUGCAGCCAAAUCCAAAUGCCAGGAUAGAAGAAUUUGUUUAUGAGAAACUGGAUAGAAAAGCACCAAGUCGUGUAAACAACCCAGAACUUUUGGGACAAUAUAUGAUUGAUGCAGGGACUGAGUUUGGCCCAGGAACAGCUUAUGGUAAUGCCCUUAUUAAAUGUGGAGAAACACAAAAACGAAUUGGAACAGCUGACAGAGAGCUGAUUCAAACAUCAGCCUUAAAUUUUCUCACUCCAUUAAGAAACUUUAUAGAAGGAGAUUACAAAACAAUUGCAAAAGAAAGGAAACUAUUACAAAAUAAGAGACUGGAUUUGGAUGCUGCAAAAACCAGACUAAAAAAGGCAAAGGCUGCAGAAACUAGAAGUUCAUCUGAACAGGAAUUAAGAAUAACUCAGAGUGAAUUUGAUCGUCAAGCAGAGAUUACCAGACUUCUGCUAGAAGGAAUCAGCAGUACACACGCCCAUCAUCUCCGCUGUCUGAAUGACUUUGUAGAAGCCCAGAUGACUUACUAUGCACAGUGUUACCAGUACAUGUUAGACCUCCAAAAACAACUGGGAAGUUUCCCAACCAAUUAUCUUUCUAACAACAAUCAGAAUUCUGGGACACCUAUGCCAUCUGCUUUAUCAAAUGUGAUUGGUCCUUCUGCUAUGGCUUCACCAAGUAGCCUAGUAAUCACCUCUCCUAACCUCAAUGACCUUAAAGAAUCAAGUGGCAGCAGAAAGGCCAGGGUUCUGUAUGAUUAUGAUGCUGCAAACAGCAGUGAACUAUCACUUUUGGCAGAUGAGGUAAUCACUGUGUUCAGUGUCGUUGGAAUGGAUUCAGACUGGCUAAUGGGGGAGAGAGGAAAUCAGAAGGGCAAGGUGCCAAUUACCUACUUAGAACUGCUCAAUUAAAUAGGGAGACCAUGAAAGAGUACCCAUUGUGACACCAUAUUUAUAUACAGUUAACUCUAAAGCAGGCUUAAGUAUCUUUUCAUGUUAAUGUCUAAAAAAGAAAAAAAAAUACCAGCCACUAGAAUUUGGCCUUUCUCCCAGUAAAACUGCAUGGUUAAUAAUUCAUUACAGAAUUUGUGUUAAGAGAUUUCAUGACAAGAAUGGUUUCAUAUUAUAAAUUCUCUUUCUACUGAGGUUUCACUAAUAAGCAACUUCUACUUUUGAGCCUCAACUUUAAAGCAAAAGAAUUGUUUUCUACUGAAUUUUUCAUUAACAGCAAGCUUUUUCUUUUGUGUAAAAUAAAUUUAUUGUGAGUAAUCCCAGUGACUCAUUUAUUAGGUAUCAUUAAUAGCCAAAGAAUAAAGUAAAAACUUAUUUUUACCUUGCUGCCCAAUAGGAAUCAGAUGACUUCAAUACUAUGUGUUAGUGGGGCUUUUUUUCCUUGGUUUGGAGUUUUUGUUUGGUUGAUUUGGUUUUGGUUUAUUUUUUUAUUUUUAAAAUACUACUGAAUUUUUUAAAGUUAAAAACAGCUAAUCCUGGAAAAGUAUUACCUUAUUUCUUAGGGUAGUUAAGGUUCUAGAGCACCCAAGACAAAUUCAUUUCAGAUAAUUUUUUUAAGAUUAUUCGAUUACAUAAUACAUAAUCAGAAUUUCAUCCAUUAGUAACAUACUACACUAAAGAUUUGUUAUUAAACAAGAAAUGUUUGUAAAAAUACGGGUUAGUACCACUACAUUCAUUAUAAAGUAAAUCAUAUACAGACUUAUUCUGGGUUCACUAAUUAAACAAGUUUUAUUACUGAAUAUAGGUUAUCUUGGUCAGGAUCUCUGGUUAUGACGUACAUACUCUGGAAACUACUAAUGACAUAUUUGAAGCUAGAGAAUUAGUAUAUGGACUGUUGCUAUGUAUCAGCAGCGGUUACUGUAAAUUAGCAAUUAAGAAUUUUGUUAUUGUUAGGACUUCACCUCAUCAUUUAUCAAUUCAGCAAACAUUUGUUGGCUGUUGAUCAACUUGGUAUGUUACUAUGAACAAGAUGCCCCUGCAGAGCUUCAAGACCAGUAGAGGAUACAAAAAUAUGGAAAUUUCUUGUUGUAACAGGAUUACUACUAUGAAGGAAGAACUAGAAGGUACUGUGUUUAGGAAUCAACUGAUUCAGAUCUGAGGAGUCAGAAAUGGUUCCAGGUAGAAAGAAAAAGAUCUGCUGGGCCUAGAACCAGCCGAACAUUGUUCAGACUGACUUAACACUAAAGUGCAAAAGUGUAGUUCAUUUGUUCAGAGAAUCUUGAUACAUCAAAGUAAUAAGUUUUUGUACUUUAAAAAGGUGGCUAUUUAAAUGGCAUUUUAAAAUAUCCUUUUGUGUUAAGAGCUUGGUAAACGUUAGAAAUUUAAAUAAUAGUCCCAAUUUUAACCUUUUAUUUCUAUGCUGCAACACAAAUUCUACUGCAGUUUUACAGUAAAGUAAGAUUCUGACUCACACUGUGAAUUACAUAAAGAACCCCCAAAGCUCUUCAAGAUAGCUAGUGUUCUAUAGAACCAACUGAAUAAAGCUUUUCUUCUCCCUCAGAAAGGAAGGUUUACAGCCUAAAGUACUAUACCAUGUAUUAGAUUUGUCCAGAUUUAGGCUUUGAAAGACUUCAAAAGUUCAGGUGAACUUAAACAGCUAUUUAGGUUUAGCAAGUUAAGUUUAUGAGCAGUAGAAUGAUAAAGGAGAAAAUGCAGGUACUGGAGUGAAUUGAUUCUGGGCUCUCACAUAUUAUGUUCCUUGUGUUUCAACUCAGAUGUAUAACUGGCAUUUUCUUACCAGUAAAAUGGGGAUAAUAAGUAUGCCACCUGGCGGGAGAUUAUUCCACAAAUGUUACUUUGUAUUUCAUGCUUUUCAGGCAAAGAUCUGGCACAUAGUAAACAUGUUUUGUAAAUAUCAACUACCCCUUUUGGUCCCUGUAGCUGGCCUACUGGUACUGUGGGCUUUAUGACUGGUUAUGACUAUGGACUAGAGGAGUAUCUUUUUACAUCUGUGCUCUGCUUAUCCUUUCAGUUUCAUUCUCCUCCACCCACUUUAAUUCAGACCAGGUUUACUCACCACAGUCGGUGUAAAUUCUGUAUCAGAACCUUCUGAGGUUUUUUUGGUUGGUUAGGUAAUUUAUUUUGGUUUUGACUUAAAGUUGUAAGUUUAAUUUUUACUCAGGUAAAGGCCCAAGGAGGUUGUUAAGCAUAGAAGAAAAAGUUUGGGGAGCAUAUUAAUAGUGCAAUUCAGAUUUAUUUAAGUCCUUGGCCUCUGAGCAUGAUUCAGAAGUACAGUAAUGAGUGAAGGAUGCAUAUAUGGAAGAAAUAAUAAGCAUGGAGAUAUCUGUAGGCUCUUCACAAAUAUUUUUAUGGUGCUAUUCAAAAUUUUUCACAUUACAGGAGAUGGGGGUCCCUAAAAUUAAAAUGUACCUCACUCUGGGCAAUAAGGGACAUAAACCUAGGGCUGGCCUCCCCAGUAAGCUAAAGCCCUUCCUCCUAGUCUGCUGUUAUCCUUAAAAUAACAAAGAAAGAAAAAGGAAGCUGCGGUUGGGCAUCCAUUUCUGAGGUAAAUCAUAGGGAGAAGAUGAUGGAGGACAGGACAGAAAACAUGUUUCCCCAGAGAGGCCUAGUGUGAUGCCAUGCAUUAUUGGCAGAGUUCCUGAACUUCUCUAUCUUCUCAGUACUCAAAAGUUUUGAAUUAUGUUGCCUAAUUGCAUAGGCCGAGUAAAGCGCUAUCAAGGGAAGAGAUCCUCACAGCCAGCUUUACUCCAAGCCCUCUCUGGUUAAAUAUAAAUGGUCUCACCUCAUCUUGAAACCAUGAAGUUAGGAAAGAGUUCCAACUCCACACUUACCCUUUCUUAUACUUUGUCCUAAUUAGAACAAUGGUUGUCAGCAGGCAAGAUCCCCAAACCAGCAGUAUCAGCAUUGCCUGGAAACUUGUUUUAAAAUGUUAAUUGCUGUUUUCAAAUAUUCUACUUUAUUUGUACUUUUGUCUACAAGGGCUGUGGAAUUAGUAGUGUUAGUCUUCCAUGUGAUAACUUUAAAUAUUUUAAGACUAAAACUAAACCUCAUCUUUACUAUGUUCUGUUAAUUGUAAUUAUAUAGUUAUUUUUAUAAUUUAUUUAUUUAGUAUGUAUCUUACUCUAGAAUGUAAGCUUUCUAAGAUAGACUAUAAUUCUGUUGAUCAUAAAUCACUAACUCUUAGCACAAGGCCCGGCUCUUAGUAUAUGCUCAAUAAAUGUUUGUUGGGUAAAAGAAAAGAUUGCAAAUUCCCAAGUCUUCCCCAGGACCUACUGAGCCGAAUUCUAGAAGCAGGACCCACAGUUGUACAAUAAGCCAUUGAGUAAUCCUGCUGCAGUCAGGUUUGAGAAUUACUGCAGAACUUGCCUUUCAUUCUCAGGCCUACUAUUUGAUAUCACUUCAAAGAUUCCCCCUUCCCCCACAAACCUGUAACCCUCACCAACAUGUCACAGGUGAGAAACUUUCUGAUCUGUAUUGUAAGUGGAAAUGAAGGUGUAAGAAUAAAUUUAGUGUUGGUAAGAAAAGUAUUGCUUAGAAUACCAGGACCUAGGUGCUGUGGAAGAGUUUUCUAGGAAUAUGGACCCCCAUCAGUGUAAAGAUAAACACUAACCAUCAUAUUUCCAUACAGUGCCUUUAAUUGGUGACUGUUUAACAUCAAAAACCCUGACAAACCACUGAAGCAGUAUUAGACUAAUGUAUAUACAUCUCUGUGCCUCAGGUUGCUAAGCCGUACUCAUUCCUACAUCAAAGUAGACUUUUUGAGAAUUGUUAAUGCUUUUUUAUAAUACAAAUAAGUCAUAAUAAGCUGACAAAAAGAAAAAACUUAGUAUUUAAAAAAACAAUUGCCUACAAUUCCACCAUCCAAGGAGAAGCACUGUUAUUUAGGUAUAUGCCUUCCAGACUCUUUCUGUACAUUUAUAGGUUUUUUUAAAUGGGAUCAAGUUGUAUAUGCCAUUUUGUAACUUUUUCACUCAACAGUACCAUGACUACCAUUGCUGUGUCAUAAUGUAUUUCUACAUCUUUUUAAAUAGCUGCAUGGUAUUUCUUCAUAUGUGCCACAUUUUAUUAAACUGCUGUUGAAUUUUUAGGUUUCCAGUUUUUCACUAAUAAACUGCUUUGAAGAACAA